UCUCUUCCCCGACCUAGAGAGGUGUGUAGGUUGAGCGUCUUUUCAGCAAGAAAGAAAGAAAGAAAGAAAAAGAGAAAGAAAGAAAGACAGAAAAUUGCUGAAAAGUCUUGCAAAUCUUUCGAGGAUUGGUCAGUUGAGCUGUCACCGAUCCAGCCUUCCUAGAGAGCGUGUUGGACGUGGAAUCAAACUGCUGAUGCCACUGAUGCCUGAUGUCACUGGGUUUCCUGAAGGGAUUUAAACAGUCCUGAAGAAAAGAGAAGAAAAGAAAAGUCCUACUUCCCCAGGGACGGCUACAAGUAUGAGAGAUGGCACAUAAAGAAGGAGCCAGAGAGCAUUGCCGUGUGAAGGCAGUGGACAGUCUCGGGGCCAAAGCCAUGGCCGGGGCCCCAACAGCUGGGGGAGGAGUCGUGGUGGAAGUCAGGGAGAAGAAGGGAACCCUGCGGGCUGCGAUACCCACAAUGCCUUUCCCUCUGGCAGUCAUCUGUCUGUUCCUCAACACCUUCAUACCUGGACUAGGUACCUUCAUCUCGGCCUUCACGGUGCUGUGUGGGGCUCGCAGCGAGCUGGUCUCAGAGCGAGGCGUGUGCUGCGUGUUCUGGCUCAACGUGGCGGCGGCCCUCAUCCAGAUCCUGACGGCUGUCAUCAUGGUCGGCUGGAUCAUGAGCAUCUUCUGGGGAAUGGACAUGGUCAUCCUGGCAAGUCAGUAG